GCAAGCUGAGCCGGCACCACAGGUGUUCCUGCCCUCUCCCCUCCCGCCGCAAAGGACAAAACCCUAGCCCUCUCCGCUCCCGCCGCAAACCCUCUCGAUACAACAUGGCCGCAUCCAACAGCGGGGACGACGUCCCGCUCUCCGCCGAGGCGGCGGCGGCGCUUGGCGAGGGCAUGUGGCUCGUGUUCGGGCGGUGGACGGCGCUGCAGAUGGCGGUGGAGAAUCAAUGGGGCGGCCGCGACUCGCUGGCCAAAGCCGACCAGCUUGGCGACGAAAUCCUCUCCUGGUUCUGCGAUUCCAAGGGCCCUCAUUAUUACGAAGACUUGGUGGAUAUGAUGUACAAGUCAAUAUCUGAAUCUUUCAAUGCUGUUUUUGAGGAUGGUAGUAUUGAGGAGGUCGCUGAACAAUUUUUAAUUAUGCAUGAAGAAUGCCUGCAAAGCAACUAUUCAUUGAUAGAGAAGCUAAGGAAUGCACCUGUUCAACAGAAUGCUGUUUCCCAAAGUAAACAGGUAGCAGCUUAUGACAACGACGAUAGCGAUAGCUCAGAUGAUGAGACAGAUACACAAAUGGUGGAUGAUGAAGCAGCUGCACCGGAGGAGAUGGUGGUGGACAAGCCAAAACCCUCCAAGCCUGUCCCUGAUGCUGAUGGGUGGACCGUUGUACCACCUAGACGUGGCCGGGGCAAGAAUUAGGCACAGGAGGAAACCUUGUGCAAGACUUGCCGCUAGCAGCCGUUUUUGUUACUGAAGAGUUUCAGUAGGGAUUUUCCCAGGAAUGUUAAGAGUGUGUAGCGUGUUUUCCUGGACACUAGCUUUCUGUUAGGCAUAGUAUCUAUAUAUACAUGUUUUGAGGUCUGAAACUUUGUUGCUGAGUUAAUCGAAGUCAUUCUGAGCAAUACACUUACCUACAAUUGUGU